GUUCCGUUUCACGCAUUGAGCGCAUAGAUCGCCUGAAAAUCUAUAGUUCAUAUAACAUAUAUUAUAGAUUUCCAAGCGACUAUGCGCUCUAUGCGUGAAACGGAACGCAACCUAAGUUAGGUAAAUUAGAUUAAAGAGCGAGACAGAUAUAUAUUUUUCCCUCUCUCUCGCAAGAGUUUGAAGAAACCACGGUUAUGUUAUAUCGCGACUCUUAUUAUAGAAUCUCUAUUCGGAAUUUAUCCGUUAUUUCUGUCGAUCAUUAAAUAUAAGUAAAAUUAAUAAUUCGAUAUUCGUGAGAAAAAUGAGUUUCAACAAAACCAAAGAAGUCAUAGAAGAGGGAGACGUUGUUAUUUUAUAUUUGAAUCCAAACAACAUGCAUUCUCUGGAAGUAAAGGCAAAAAUAUUUAGCAAAAAGGGAGAGUUCGUGGAUAAUGUGUUCCAGACUACAUAUGGCGCAUUGAAAGUCAUCUCGCUCGUCGGGCAAAAAUACGGUUCAAAAAUAGAGCUAACUAGAGGUUGGGCGUAUGUGUUACAACCAACACCAGAGCUCUGGACGACGACAUUGCCACAUAGAACACAGAUUAUUUAUAGUCCAGAUAUAAGUCUCAUUAUACAUUUAAUGGAGCUUAGACCAGGAAGUACAAUUAUCGAAACAGGCACUGGUAGUGGUUCAUUAUCACAUUCUCUAAUUCGAGUAAUACGUCCAAAUGGUCAUUUAUAUACUUUUGAUUUUCAUGAGCAGCGUGUGUCUAUUGCUAGCAUGGAAUUUGAUAGACAUGGACUGAGCGAUUUUGUAACUUUAAAAAAAAGGGAUGUUUGCUUAGAAGGAUUUGGAGACGGGCUGAAGCAUAAAGUUGAUGCAGUCUUUUUGGAUCUUCCACAUCCAUGGUUAGCUAUAGAACAUGCUACUGUUGCUUUAAAACAAACAGGAGGAAAACUGUGUUCUUUUUCUCCUUGCAUUGAGCAGGUUCAACGUACAUGUGCUAAACUUAUUGGUGAGGGAUACAUAGAAUUAAAUACAUAUGAAUGUUUGCAAAAAGAAAUGAAUGUUCAAUACAAAUCUUUGCCAAUAUUAGAUUUCGAGUGUUUGAAGUACAAGCAUAUAAAUGAGGAAAUGACUGAGAAGAAUGAAAGGAGAGAGGGAAAACAAGAAAAAAAACUCCUUACAAUCAUUCAUCCACAGUCAUUACCUGGACAUACAGGCUUUAUUACAAUUGCUACUCUUCCCCCUUCGAGUCUUCGUUAUGCACCAGAGUAAAAAAAAAGGAAUGAUUAAUCAUAUAAAGAUUCAGAUCAAGAUAAAGCAGACAACUGAAAAAUACAAAAAAAAAAAAAAAAAAAACUAGAACAA